AUGGACCAGUUCGAUGACACUCCCCGCGCCCCGCCCCUAAAGUAUACCGCCCACCUCGGCACACGCUGGCAGAAAGAAAAAGACGCCGCAGAAAACGGCUCCUUCGACUUCCCCGGCGACCCAAAGUUCAUCGGCAGCUGGAUCCUCGGCGAGUGCAUCGGCAAAGGCGCCUCGGGACGCGUCCGCAUCGCCCGCCACCGCACAACCCGCCAGCUCGCCGCCGUAAAGAUCCUCCCCAUCCAGCCCCUGAUCCACUCACGCGCUUCCUUGUCUACCCAGCUCGCCAAGUCCGAGAAGCAGCGCCUCGGCAUCGACCGCGAGAUCAUCAUGAUGCGCCUCAUGGAACACCCGAACGUCCUCCGCAUAUACGACGUCUACGAGGGCGACACCGAGCUCUAUCUCGUCCUCGAGUACGUCGAGGGCGGCGAGCUCUUUGAUUUUCUUGUCAAUCGCGGCAGGCUGCCCAUGCUCGAGGCCCUUGCGUUCUUCAAGCAGAUUAUCUAUGGGCUUAACUAUGCGCAUACAUUCAAGAUUAUUCAUCGUGAUCUCAAACCGGAAAACAUCCUCAUCCAGUCGAUAAACCCUCCGCUCAUCAAGAUCGCUGACUGGGGCAUGGCUGCGUUUGCCCCACCCAAGUGGCAGCUCGAGACGAGCUGCGGCAGCCCCCACUACGCCAGCCCUGAGAUCGUCAAUGGGCUCAAGUACGAAGGCACAGCGACGGACAUCUGGAGCUGCGGCGUCAUCCUAUUUGCUCUCCUUACAGGCCGCCUUCCUUUUGACGACAAGAAUGUGCGCGUGCUGCUGAGCAAGGUCAAGCACGGCAAGUACGAGAUCCCCUCAUACGUCGACCUACAGGCGCGCGAUCUCCUCACGCGUAUGUUGGUCGUCGACGUUGAGAAGCGUAUUUCUAUUCCUGAAAUCCUUGCGCACCCCUGGUUCCAGCACCCUACUCCGGGUGUCGAAUACGCGCCCGCACCACCGGUCGCCAAGCUCGCGCAGCCCAUC